AUGCACCUCUUCCACGUUGUGGGUGGCGAGUCUUCACACUGCCAGGGGCGGCACUGCAACAUCGAUAGGCAUCUGGUCCUGGACAAACAAUGUCCGGUCUGCAAAACACCUAUCGAUGUCAUGGAGCGCUCAUUGAAAACACGCCUGAACAAAGAUGCUGAAAGAGUUGGUGCUCUCUGA